CGGCGGUGGCGGUGGCUGGGGGAAGAGGCCGGGGGGACCAAGGCGAGGGUCCCCCCCGAGGAGAGCAUGUGCUGAGCGGCUCCCUCCGCGGCAGUGCGGCCAGUGAUGGUGCCCAGCACCUCUGACGAUGCCCCAGAGCCCCGAAACAAGCGCGGAGGAGGAGGAGCACCUCUCCCAGUGCCCCGAGGGGGAGUCGGGCUCAGAGAGCUCCCGCGAGGGGCCCAGCCCCCCAGCCAGUCCCGCUAACCCUACCCACAGUCGCUCCAUGACAGUACCUGAAGACGCCCACUUCAGUAUGAUGGUCUUCCGAAUUGGCAUUCCUGACCUGCACCAGACGAAAUGCCUGCGUUUCAACCCUGAUGCAGCCAUUUGGGUGGCAAAGCAACAAAUUCUCUGCACUCUCAAUGAAAGUCUCAAGGACGUGCUAAACUAUGGGCUCUUCCAGCCGGCCACCAAUGGGCGGGAUGCCAAAUUUUUGGAUGAAGAGCGCCUCUUGCGUGAAUACCCACAAAGCUUUGAGAAGGGAGUGCCCUACUUGGAGUUCCGCUACAAGACUCGAGUUUACAAGCAGACCAACCUGGAUGAGAAGCAGCUGGCAAAACUUCACACUAAGGGCUGUCACUGGCAAAUCUUUCCCCAGACGGGGUUGAAGAAGUUCCUGGAGUAUGUCCAACAUGGAGCAGCUGAGAAAGUGGCACGACUCCUGGACAAAGGGCUGGACCCCAACUAUCAUGAUUCUGACACUGGCGAGACGCCUUUAACAUUAGCAGCCCAGUUGGAUGGGACUAUUGAUGUGAUCCGGCUGCUGUGCCUUGGUGGUGCUCACAUAGACUUCCGUGCAAGAGAUGGAUCCACAGCGUUGCACAAAGCUGUGUGUUCUCACCAUUAUUCAGCUCUGAUGGCACUCUUGGACCUUGGGGGAUCACCCAAUUACAAGGACCGCCGUGGGUUGACUCCACUCUACCACACAGCCAUGGUUGGAGGUGACCCACGCUGCUGUGAACUUCUUCUCUACAAUCGGGCAUACAUUGGUACAACUGAUGAGAAUGGCUGGCAGGAGAUACACCAGGCCUGCCAACAUGGACACUCCCAGCACUUGGAACACUUGCUGUUCUACGGCGCUGAGCCAGGUGCACAGAACGCCUCUGGGAAUACAGCACUACACAUCUGUGCACUCUACAACAAGGAGAGCUGUGCUCGUAUUUUGCUAUAUCGGGGAGCUAACAAAGAGAUCAAGAACAACCAUGGACAGACUGCGUUCCAGGUGGCAGUCAUUGCAGGAAACUUUGAACUGGGGGAGCUGAUCAAGAGCCACCGGGACUCAGAUAUGGUCCCUUUCCAGGAGACCCCGCAAUAUGCCAGCCGACGCCGAGAUGGCUCCCAGAGCCUGACAGUGCCGCAUACUUUGCUGAGAGCCAACAGUGACACCAGCAUGAACCUCCCAGACUGGAUGCUUUAUGCACCUCCUUCCACCCCAUCCGGCACUGUAGCUGUACAGGGACAGAAGAUCACCACAGGAACCUUGCGCAGUUCCAGCAGUCCCCGUGGCGCUCGCAGCCGUUCCCCAUCACGCGGGCGCCACACAGAUGAGGCAAAAAAGCAGCGUGGUCGCCCCAGUUCCAGUGGAUAUCAGAAGGAGUCUGCUGGAGGCAGCACGCUGAGCAGCCGGGGUGUGAAGCGGAAACUCUAUUCAGCUGUGCCUGGCCGCACGUUCAUGGCUGUGAAACCAUACCAGUCUCAGGCCGAGGGUGAGCUCUCCAUCAGCAAGGGCGAGAAGAUCAAGGUGCUGAGUGUCGGGGAAGGCGGCUUCUGGGAGGGACAGGUCAAGGGACGUGUAGGCUGGUUCCCCUCAGACUGUGUGGAGGAAGUGCCCAACAAGUCACAGGAAGGGAAGCAAGAAAGCCGUAGUGACAAAGCCAAGCGACUCUUCAGGCACUAUACAGUGGGUUCCUAUGACAGCUUUGAUGCUCCCAGUGACUACAUCAUAAAGGAGAAGACUGUGCUGCUGCAGAAGAAGGACAACGAAGGCUUUGGCUUUGUGCUAAGAGGGGCUAAGGCGCAGACCCCAAUUGAGGAGUUCACACCCACCCCUGCUUUCCCCGCUCUGCAGUACUUGGAGUCAGUGGAUGAAGGAGGAGUGGCCUGGCGUGCUGGUCUCCGCAUGGGGGAUUUCCUAAUUGAGGUAAAUGGGCAGAAUGUGGUGAAGGUCGGUCAUCGACAAGUUGUCAACAUGAUCCGACAGGGUGGCAAUAACUUGAUGGUGAAGGUUGUGAUGGUCACACGAAACCCAGAAAUGGAAGAAGCCAUGAGGAAGAAAGCAGCAGCACCACAGCAGGCAAGACGACUGCCCCCUCCAGCCAUUUCCUUGCGCUCCAAAUCUAUGACUUCUGAGUUGGAGGAAAUGGUAGAGAAAGUUUCCCCUUGGAAGAAGAAAGCAGAUUAUGAACCAGCGAUGGGCACUGAUAAGAAACGGACAGUCUAUCAGAUGGCUUUGAACAAAUUGGAUGAGAUCUUGGCAGCAGCUCAACAGACUAUCAGCGUAGGAGACGGGUGUGGAAGUGGAGGGCUUCCUUCCUUGGGAAAGUCCCGAGGCACCAAGAACUAUUUCUCUGCUGAGCCCAGUUUUGAACAACAUCGUCUUGGUCAGGCCAGCUAUGAGCGCCCAUCAUACUUACCAACCAGUCAUCCCCCAGGCAUGAUGCUCCGUCAGAAAUCUAUUGGGGCUGCAGAAGAUGAUAAGCCCUACCUCACUCCCCCUGCCAUGAAGUUUAGCCGCAGCCUUUCAGUCCCUGGUUCUGAUGACAUCCCACCUCCUCCGACCACUUCCCCACCUGACCCUCCAUACAGCAGUACCUCUCCCUCAGCUUCCGGACGUGUUACACCCUCAGCCCGUUCGACUUUCAACCCCAGUGCCGAGGCCAAGUUAUAUUCAGCUUCCCUGCAUCAAGAUCCACCCUAUGAGCCACCUCCUCGCAUCCGCGACAAGAUGUCCCUUUACCGCCAAGAGUCUGAGCAAGGGGCAGAAGGAGCAACUGCCCGUGGCUGGCGGGGCCACACCCCUGACCUCCGCUACUACAACCUGCCCCCACGUGCAACCAACACCGCCAUGUAUGUCCCCACCAAGCCCAUGCGCCGCAAAGGGCCUUUGGUCAAGCAGACCAAAGUGGAAGAUGAGCAGCGCCAGCAGCAACAACAACAAGGCAGCACACCCCCCUCACCCAUGCAACCAUCAUCUUUGCAGCUCCCAUCAUCUGCGCCGCCUGAGAAGAGCUCUAUCCCAAUCCCCACCAUCAUCAUUAAAGCUCCCUCUACUAGCAGCAGCGGGCGCAGCAGUCAAGGAAGCAGCAUGGAGGCAGAGAGCCAGCCAGAACCAGUGGUGCCUGUCCCAUCUCUCCAGCUCCACAACAGCAUGGAUUUCACCAGUCAAUUUGGGGCAGCCUUGGUUGGAGCUGCCCGCCGUGAUCGUGAGUGGUACAGCGAGGCUCGCCGCAAGUCUGCCCUAUUCCUCUCCACUGAGCAGCCCGAUGAUGAGUCCCAGCAGACCCCCAUGCCCCGCCUCCGCCACUCCAAAUCCAUCGAUGAAGGCAUGUUCUCCAGUGAGCCAUAUAUCCAGCUCAACAUGACUCCCAGUUUUGGUAGCAGCACUGGUGCCGGAAGCACUUCUGCUUACCUUCAGUCUCGUGCUGCUAAGACAUAUGGAGCCAGUACCACCAGCGCCUUCACUUCUGUGUGCUCCAGCUUCUUGCCGCAGUUUCAGCCCCAUUCAACUCCUCUUAUUCAUCCUCUGACUGGUAAGAUUUUAGAUCCUGGAUCCCCCUUGGGGCUGGCACUGGUAGCUCGUGAGCGGGCCUUAAAGGAGUCUCAAUCCCAGCAGGAAAGCCGAGAAGACAGGCACUCACGCCCGUCCUCACCCCGAUUUGGAGAGUCACCGAAAACUCCAGAAUCUCCUGGCACCUCCAUCCUGCGCCUCUGGGGGACGUCAGAACAGCAGCAGCAUCACCACCACCAACGGCCAGCAUCACCACGGAAAGAACUAGAGAGCCCCCGGCAUCAUUUGCCUGAGCAGCAGCAGCAGCCGCCACCACCAUCUCCUGCCUCAGCCAAAGCAACACCUUGGGAGAAACGGCCUGAGGAAGGAGAGAAGCUGGAGUUGCACGUGCGUUUUGUGGAGAACUGCCGCCCAACGGAGGAGGAAGAGGAAGAGGAGGAAGGGAGCCAUGAGAGUGGGAAAGUAGAGGUUGCUCCUGCACCAAUGGAGCGGGUAGCCGAAGAAAAUGGGCUUCCACUAUUGGUACUGCCUCCGCCAGCCCCUUCCAUCGAUGUUGAUGAUGAGUUUGUCUUCACGGAGCCACUCCCACCACCCCUCGAGUUCUCUAAUAGCUUUGAUAAGCCUGAGUCUCCACCUAAAGGGGCAAAUGACCUGCCCACAGCAGUGGCCCCUCCAGCUGCUCCCUCUGCCCCCACCACCUUAGACUCCACAGCCUCCAGCUUGACAUCCUACGACAGUGAGGUAGCCACCCUAACACAGGCUGGGACCACUGAAACCAAGGAAGCCCCUCACGUCAACUUUUCUUCUGUUGUCUCAUCCAUUGCCAUUCCUGCAGCGGAGGCUCCAGAAGCUGUGACAGACUCAGGGAUCGAGGAGGUGGAUAGCCGAAGCAGCAGUGACCACCACUUGGAGACCAUCAGUAGCGUAUCCACCCUGUCCAGCAUGUCUGGGGAAGGCACAGAGCUCCUGGACACCUACAUCACCUAUUUGGAUGGGCAAGCUUUUGGGGGAAGUAGCAGCGUGGGAGGAGGAGGGGGUAGCAGUGGUGGUAGUGGUGGAAGCACCACAGACAAGAACCCACUGCAGACAAAACUGCGCUCCCGGCCCUUCCCAGGCCGGUUGCCAGGGGCUACCCCCACCAGCUCCACCAUCUCAGUUUCUGCAUGUACUGAAAACAUGUUUGCCCUCACGCCUGCUCCACCCUACCACCAGCAGCCAGCAGCCCCUGAGCCAGGCAAAGACCUGCCACAGAAAUCUCCGCUGCCCUGGGAGGAACCCAAGGCCUCCCCCAUGUCAACCAUGAAGGCCAGCAUCAUCAGCGAGUUGAGCACCAAGCUGCAGCAGAUGGGCGGGGUAUCAUGGUCACGGCCGCCAGACGCAGUGGCUCCCUUCAGCUCUGAGCGGCCCAGUUCCCUACAGAGGCAAAGGCUCCCAGAUGAGACAUCCCCAUCAUUGAUCUCCUCCAAGCCUGUAAGCAGCCUUUUCCACAACUGGCCCAAGUCCCCCCAGGGCAAGCACCCCAAAAGUGUGGAGUUUGAUAUUCGCCCAGCCCUGCGGCGUGCCCCCAGCCCAGCUGCCCUGCCCAGUGAGCACAAGAUCAGCCCCACCCCCAGGCCUUCCUCCCUUCCCAUCCUGCCUUCAGUGCCCAUAUAUACCGGCGUAUUUGAUCUCCGUGGUUCGCCCACUUCUGGGGGUGAGCAUCCUUUCCCGGGCUUCCCUUCUGGCAGCCGCUCUUUGUCUCCCACCCACUUCCUGCCGCCAGCCACAGACAAGCCGUUUGGCUCCAAGCCGCUGCCUUUCUGGACCAAAUAUGAUGUGGCCGACUGGCUGGAUUACCUGAAGCUGGGGGAGCACCGCGAUCGGUUCCUGGACAACGAAAUUGAUGGCUCCCAUCUGCCAUCCCUCACCAAGGAAGAUUUCAUUGACCUGGGUGUGACACGAGUUGGACAUCGCAUGAACAUCGCCCGUGCCCUCAAGUUCUUUCUGGAGAGGUGAUGGGGGAAACUGCCCUGCCCCGGGGAGCCUCUCGCCUGAAUGUACAAUGGAUCUCCACCACUGGAGAGAACAAAUGAGGUGGAGGGGUUGGAGCUGUGGGGCUGGGCACAGGGGAAGCUGCAGAGACCCUGUGGGUCAGGGUAGGGUGGGGAUCACCCCCCUGGCAGAGAGAUACUCUGAGAAGCUCACCAAAGCCUGCCUGGGCACCCUUACCGGGGUGUGCACUUUCCUUUUUUGCGUUGCCAUGUAGCAAUUUGCCCAUUUCAUUCAUCCAGCCAGAUGCCGCUGACACUAGUGUAUGAACACUUGAUGUGUGCAACACUUCCCAAGCAACACACAGAUGUAUACACACACACAGAUGUUUCUGUGUGUGCAUGUAUUAUCUCUACCUAUUUACAUAUACUAAUGUGUCAUUCUCCAUUGGCAUACCAGCUUGCCUCAACAGCCUCACAGCUCAUUUAGGCCAUCCAACUGUACAACAUCUUAUAUCUGCAUACCUGUGCCAUCUACCAUGUUGCUGAUUGCACUUCCAGCUGUUGUUUGCACAUCACUGUAAAAGCUUGGCUGCUGCAUCUUCACAAUUACUGAGGUUGUUAAGUACUUUGCCUUUCAAAAAAGGAAAGGAAUAGACUUGCUCCCAGAAAAGUUACAUUGGCAUAUAUUUCUGUACCUUAAAAAAUGAAUUCUGUUUUAGCUAGUACUGGGAAGGGCAUCAAUUGUGUUUCCUUCAGCUUGUUAGACACCCUACCCCCAGUCUUUGAAGAGUUUGUUAGAUGUUGUCUAUAUUCAGUCAGGCUUGCCUUCACAGCCAUAAGAGUUAAAAGCUUUCUUGUUUGUAAUGAAAACUAAGAACUUCAUGAUGCAGAGGAGCUGGCACCCCACAUUGAACUGCAGGCUUAGGCAAGGCCAUAGCUCUCCCCCUGAUCAUGUAACUGGCUCACAUUGCUGCCUACUUUGCCCGAUAGGGUUUAUAGUGCACCUUUGAUGCACCAGCUGGGUGAUUUUGGUGUAGAAAGAAAUCUUGCUGUGCUGUUCCUAGUUCACUUACUGGGUGUGCAGCUCACAAAUCAUGGUUACCAGUGAAAACACCCCAUUGGUCACCGGUGUGGUGUGGCGGUGCUACCCAUCACCCAGAUUGCUCAUCAAAGAAUAUUUGCAAAGGCCAGGAUCGCUUGGAGCCAGCAGACUGGGGUGGGGGGCAUUAACUAGCAUGAGCACUCAGAUUUGUUGAGGAAAUGAAAACUGUUGGCACAGGCAAGUACCCUGUAUGUCCCAUGUUAUUUCAGGUUUAUUUUAACCAUGAGGAAACAUAAACUAUACUCUGGAGUUUAUCACACGGGCUAAUUUCAGCAUUAAAGAGAGAGUAAAGCGCAUUUAAAGCAUCUCACAAAUAAAGCAAAAAUGGCAAGUAAUUUCACGAAUG